CGAACAAUAUAGGAAGAGUGGAUAAGCAUAAGCAACAAGUCAACCCCUUCUCUCUUCUCAAAACACAACAAUGGAAGUUCUCGGUCAUGGGCAUGGGCUACUACCCCUCGGUGCUUUUAGGCCUUGUCAAAAACAACAAAGGUGUCAACUUGUCGGCUCAAUCCAUUUUCUUAGCUCUCCAGUCCCAUAUUCUCUAAUAUCAGUAAAGUAUAGGAAUAAUGAUAUAAUAAGGAUGCAAGCAGUGCAAGAAGAAGAAUAUGAGUUGAAGCAAAUGAAAGAUAUGGCUGCUUCUAAAAAGAGAUGGGAUGCUCUGAUCAGGGAUGGGAAAGUUAAAGUUCUUACUCCAAGGGAAGCUGGUUAUGCAAUUCAACUCUCGAACAAAAUGCUGCUUGAUGUUCGUCCCUCUAUGGAGCGAAAGAAGGCAUGGGUAAAAGGCUCCACCUGGAUUCCAGUUUUUGAUGUCGAUACUAGUUUAGAACUUGGUACUCUUUCCCGGAAAGCAACAAACUUUUUGAUGGGAGGUUGGUGGAGUGGUGUCCCUGCUCUGUCUUACAACAGACAAUUCUUAUCAAAUGUUGAGGAGAAAUUUGGCAAAGAUACAGAUCUUAUUGUGGCAUGCCAGAAGGGAUUGAGGUCCAUUGCGGCUUGUGAGGUGCUAUACAAUGCUGGUUACAGCAACAUUUUCUGGGUUCAAGGUGGUUUAGAAGCUGCUGAAGAAGAGGAUCUUGAAAGAGAAGGUCCUCAACCAUUCAAGUUUGCAGGAAUUGGUGGGCUUUCAGAGUUCCUUGGUUGGACUGACCAACAGAGAGAUGCUGCUGCUAAAGAGGGUUGGGGUUACCGAUUAACUUUUUCUGCCCGACUGGUUGGAGUAGUUCUUGGUGCUGAUGCCUUGCUUAUUGGAGCACAGAAAGUAGGACAAUAUCUUCAGGACUUAAGGUCUCACUAGUUGGAGCUUCAAGUUACAGCCUCAAGGAAAUUAUUAUUUUUUUCUUUUCGUAAAGCGACUUCCCUAGCAUCCUUUUUCUGAAGCUAGAGACGACUGAGAUGAAAAUCCAUUCCCAUGACUGUCUCUGGGCCCGGCCUUUAAAUGCCUUGUACUGAGGCAUCACACCCCUUGGGGUGCGGGGUGCGGCGCUUCCCCAGACCCUUGCUAAUGCGUAUGCUUUGUGCACCGGGCUGCCCUUUUUGUCAUCUCAUGUAGAAAGUGAUUGCCUUGUUAAUUUGUUUAAUGUGACUUCAAAAGUUGGGUGGUUUUUAAUCUGCAUAACUAUAGGUUUGACUUCAAAA